GAAUUUGUUAGGAAAAAAAAAAAAAAAAAACACUAACGGUCAAAAAUCUCUCUCAAACCUCUGGCCGUCUGGUGUUGGAAGCAGCCGUCCGUUUGGAAGCCUACGCCGUCCGUCCCUGUCAGUCGGCGUAAGGGGGGAUUAAAGAAGACAAACUGAAGGGUGUUUCAGAGAAAUUUCACUGAAGUUGCAAUUUUCUUCUACUUGGGUUGGAUCAGAUUUCUUCAUCAAGCUUCUAGGUAGGUACUAUUUUUUCACUCUCUGCAUUCACAUGAGAAUACUUGAGGUGGACUGAAUUUUCUUUGUAUUUAAGUUUACAGAAAAUCUAUCCCUUCACAUGCACACACUAAACAUAUAGUUGUCUAGGCCUCAACUCAACAUGCACACAGUAAGUAACGUCAGGUUUGAAUGAGAUUUAAUAAUCUAAGUCUGCAAGAUGAUAUAACCACUCAAGGGAUCAUAACUCUUUACAGAAACCUACUGGUAUCUACAAUGUGGAUUGAAAACUUUAUCAUUGGAAGGACGUUUGUAGUUAGUGGGUUUGUGCGUUUUAUCUUUUUGCCAUCAGAUGUUUGGGAUGAGAGACCUUUUGAAGUUCGGUUGUAGAAAUGCAAUGGACCAAUGUACAGGUUUGGCUACAUUUUAGUCUUGAUUGAAGGAGUCAUUUUCUAUUUAUGAUCUUGAGACAUGCUGCUUGUUGUAUUGCCACAAUAUGAGCUUCUUGGAUGUUGAGAGCAGCGGGGAUUGCAGUGUUUUCCUUGGCAGACUCCUCAACUAUAGGACAGGGUGGAACUUGAACCCCACACCUGUGAAGUUUUGCAUGAGAAAUUCUUUACAACAUAGAGGUAGCCAUUAGGCCACAAAGAUGAUCUCGAAACUUGAGAUCUAUAUUUGGUAUCACUUUUGUGAUAAAAAAGAAUAUGAAACGUACAGCCAUGAUGCACAAAACAUCUUAUCUUUAAAUUUUCGAUCUGUGGAGUGGAAAUCAGUAAGUUGCACCAAGGAGGUUGAGACCUUGUGAAUGAUUAUAUCUCUGACUUUGAUUAUUAAAUUUUUGAAAAGGAU